GGACAGGUAAAUUUUUACUUGAGAGAUAAUAUAUUUUUUUGUUAUUUAUGAUAAAGUGUCACAUGAUUGAUGCAGCUCAAGAAUUAUUACAUUUAUUUAUUAUUUUCAUAAACUUUUAAUUUGUUGUUAAAUUUAUUUACGUCUCUCUGUUAAUUUUUGAAUUUAUUGUUACGCUGGAUUUUUUAAAAAUGUAUAUUUAUUAAUUAUUGAAGUGCAUUAUGAGUGGUGUAAAGUUCCUCAAUAAUAUGUAUAAAUUAAAAAACUUCUUGAGUUUAAAUACUCAAAGACAGAGAUUUAUUAAUCGCAGUCACUUGUUUUACUCUACUUCAUUCAACGAUGAAAAUGGUAAUGAUAAUAAAUCACCUUUAGCCGGAAUAAGAGUACUAGAUUUAACAAGAAUAAUCGCUGGUCCUUACUGCACAAUGAUACUUGGUGACCUGGGUGCUGAAAUAUUGAAAAUUGAAAAACCAGGAACUGGAGAUGAGUGUAGAAACUGGGGCCCGCCCUUUUUAUCUAACAGUAAUAAGCACGCAACAUAUUUUUUGAGCGUAAAUAGAAACAAAAAAAGUGUUUGUAUCGAUUUUAAAAGAGGACGAGAUGUUAUUUAUGAGCUAGCUAAAAAGUCGGAUGUACUAAUUGAGAAUUUUGUGCCAGGAAAGCUUUCAGAGAUGGGGUUGGGGUAUGAAGAUAUCAAGAAAGCAGCACCACAGUUGAUUUAUUGUUCGCUGACUGGAUAUGGAUACGAAGGACCUUAUGCUCAGAGACCGGGUUACGACGUGAUAGCGGCAUCAGUUGGUGGUCUUAUGCACAUAACUGGACCUAAAGACGGCGACCCAUGUAAAAUAGGUGUUGCUAUGACUGAUGUAGCUACUGGUUUGUAUGCUCAUGGCGCUAUAAUGGCUGCACUUUAUCAGAGAACACAAAGCAAGCAAGGUCAGUGGAUUCAGUGUAAUCUACUGUCUACUCAAGUCGCUUGUCUGAUCAAUGUGGCUUCCAAUUACCUGAAUGCUGGUAAAGAAGCCACACGAUGGGGCUCUGAGCAUGAGAGUCUUGUUCCUUAUGAAGCGUUUCCUACGCGAGACGGAUUUAUGACUGUUUGCACUGGAAGUGAUACUCAAUUUAAGGCACUCGUUAAGAUUCUUGAAUUACCAGAGCUCGCUGCUGAUGAUAGGUUCAUUAAUAACACUGCUAGAGUUACUAAUCGAGUUGAACUACUCAAGAUACUGAGAAAUGUCUUCAAGAGUAAGACUAAUAAAGAGUGGGCAGAUAUAUUAGAAGGAGCUCCGUUCCCUUAUGGACCUAUAAAUACCAUACAAGAGGUGUUUGAUGAUCCUCAUAUUAAAGCAGUUAAAAUGGUCAAAGAGUUGGAGCACAAUGAAAUGGGUAAAGUUAAAGUUGUUGGACCUGCUGUGAAAUUUAGUUAUGGUACAAAUAAAGUUAGGUCACCGCCACCAACACUAGGUCAACACACUCGUCAAGUACUCAGAGAAGUUUUAAAUUACUCUGACCAGACAAUUGAUAAUUUAAUGGAGAAUAAAAUUCUGCAAUAAAUUUUAAUUUUAAAAACUUUUAAAUAUUUUUAUUUAUGUACUUUACAAAUAAAUAUUUUUAAAUAUUA